GGCGGGCCAGAGAGGGGCCAGCCCAGAGGCGGCUGGCGGAGGGCCGCCCCAGGCGCGCAAGAGACAGCGCCUCACGCACCUGAGCCCCGAGGAGAAGGCGCUGAGGAGAAAACUGAAAAACAGAGUUGCAGCUCAGACUGCCAGAGACCGAAAGAAAGCUCGAAUGAGUGAGCUGGAACAACAAGUGGUAGAUUUGGAAGAAGAGAACCAAAAACUUUUGCUAGAAAAUCAGCUUUUACGGGAGAAAACUCAUGGCCUUCUAGUUGAGAACCAGGAGUUAAGACAGCGCUUGGGGAUGGAUGCCCUGGUUACUGAAGAGGAGACGGAGGCGGAGGCCAAGGGGAAUGGAGUGAGGCCGGUGGCCGGGUCUGCUGAGUCCGCAGCACUCAGACUACGUGCAUCUGCAGCAGGUGCAGGCCCAGCUGUCACCCCUUCAGGACAUCUCCCCAUGGAUUCUGACAGCGUUGACUCUUCAGACUCUGAGUCUGAUAUCCUGUUGGGCAUCCUGGACAACUUGGACCCAGUCAUGUUCUUCAAAUGUCCUUCCCCAGAAUCCACCAGCCUGGAGGAGCUCCCUGAGGUCUAUGCAGAAGGACCCAGUUCCUUACCAGCCUCCCUUUCUCUGUCAGUGGGGACGUCAUCAGCCAAGCUGGACGCCAUUAAUGAACUGAUUCGUUUUGACCACAUAUACACCAAGCCCCUAGUCUUAGAGAUACCCUCUGAGACAGAGAGCCAAGCUAACGUGGUAGUGAAAAUCGAGGAAGCACCUAUCAGCCCCUCAGAGAAGGAUCACCCUGAACUCAUUGUCUCAGUGAAGGAGGAACCUACAGAUGACUUCAUUCCAGAGCUGGGUAUCUCCAAUCUACUUUCUUCCAGCAACUGCCUGAAGCCAUCUUCCUGCCUGCUGGAUGCUUAUAGUGACUGCGGAUAUGAGGGCUCCCCUUACCCCUUCAGCAACAGCAUGUCCUCUCCACUUGGUGUAAACCAUUCCUGGGAGGACACUCUUUUUCCCCAACUGAUUAGUGUCUAAGAAGUGACCCUGUCACCCUUUCCCUUGACUGUCACACUGCCUGGAGGAUAGAUGAGAAACAUGUUUUCUAUGCUUCAUUCAAAAAGCCAAAGUAGAGGGUGCACAGUCCUAGAGAAUUCCUCUAAGGUAUUUGUUUGUUCAAACCUCAUAGAUGAUCCCAAACAUUGUCUUUUAACAUCCAGCGGUCCGUUGUAUUCAACUAUAUUACUAUAAUUCAGAACUACAGUCUUUGGUUUGCUUUUAUCUUGAGGACUGUAGUUCUGUAGUUUGCCCUAAAGUAUAAGGGACAUUGGACAAGCGUCUUAAAGUAGUCAUGGAAUUUAUGGCUGGCCCUUUAUCAUUUCUCUUCCCCCUUUUCUGCAUCCCGGGCUUGCCUCUGAUUUUAGGUCUUUUAGUUUGCUUCUGUAAGCAGAGUGAAUACCUACCUGAGGGGGCUCCUUUUCCCUCAUGUACAGUUCAAGUAAAGAUCAAGAAUCUUUUGUCAAAUUAUAGAAAUUUACUAUGUAAAUGCUUGAUGGAAUCUUUUCCUGCUAGUGUAGCUUCUGGAAGGUGCUUUUUCCAUUUAUUUAAAACUACCCAUGCAAUUAAAAAGUGCAAUGCAGCA